AUGUCCGUACCAAAGACAACCGAGUCCUGGGUCAUCCAGGGCAGCAAUGGAUUCGACAGCCUCAAGCUUGAGAAAAAUCGCCCGGUAGGCGAGGUUGGCGAUCAUGAUUGCGCCGUCCAGAUUCAUGCCGUUUCGCUGAACUAUCGAGACCUCAUCAUCCCAAAGGGCAUGUACCCGUUCCCCAUGGCACUACCGGUUGUGCCGUGUUCGGAUGCUGCAGGAACCGUCAUUGCGGUUGGGAAGAAAGUCACCGAAUUCAAGGUUGGGGAUAAAGUGUGCACACUCUUCAACCAGCUGCAUCAGGCCGGUCCAAUCUCGCCGCGUGCCAUGCAGUCUGGACUGGGUGGUGCCAUUGACGGGACUCUGCGCAAGGUGGCGGUUUUCCCUGAGCAUGGUCUGGUGAAAGCACCCUCUACCAUCUCACCGAUAGAGGCGAGCACACUGACGUGCGCGCCCUUGACGGCUUGGAAUGCGCUUUACGGCUUGCAAUCCAAAGCCCUCAAACCCGGAGACUUCGUCCUCACCCAAGGAACGGGCGGUGUGAGCCUUGCAGCUAUUCAAUUUGCGGCCGCGGCAGGAGCGACGGUCAUCGCAACGACGAGCUCGGACGAAAAGGGAAAAAAGCUCAAGGAGCUCGGUGCCCACCAUGUCAUCAACUACAGGACGACGCCGAACUGGGGCGAAGUUGCCAGAUCCUUGACGCCGGAUGGCGUGGGCGUCGAUCAUAUUGUCGAAGUGGGCGGUGCUGGCACCUUGACGCAGUCUUUGAAGGCGAUCAAGCUGGAAGGCACCAUCACCAUCAUUGGAUUCCUCGGCGGUGUCAACAAGGAAGACAUGCCCUCUUUGCUGGAUGCCCUCAACAAUAUCUGCACAGUCCGAGGUAUUCUCGUCGGUUCAAGGCAACAAUUCGAGGAGAUGAACCGGGCAAUCGAGGCAAAUGGCAUCCAUCCCGUGGUCGACAAGAAGAUUUUCAAGUUCGAGAAUGCGGUCGAGGCGUACCAGUAUCAAUGGGAUCAGAAGCACUUUGGCAAGGUCGUGAUCCAGGUGUAA